GAGAAGUUCAUCAUAUUUCUUAAUAAAAUUAGCUGUCUCUAACCCCCGCGUCGCUGUUUCUUCCCAAUCUGAGAAAACUCUCACUCUGCAACUUCGUUUCUCUUCUCCUUUCUUAAACCUCUCACGCGGUUUCAGACUUCCGUUCGCUUACCGAAGACGGCUCGGAAAUUCUUUCCUGAAGAAUCAGCGACGACCUUAGCAUUAUCUACAAGUCAUCUUUUCUGCUAGAUCUGUUGUGUAUACUACUCGCGAUUUCAUUUUGAAUUUGUUCCAGCCAAUGCUGAAGGCUAGACUAAAAUGAGCGUGUCAAAAGCAUCGAGGACGCAACAUUCGCUCGUUCCUCUUGCGACCCUGAUUGGUAGGGAGCUGAGGAGCGAGAAAGUAGAGAAGCCUUUUGUCAAGUAUGGUCAAGCAGCUCUCGCUAAGAAAGGAGAGGACUACUUUUUGAUCAAAACUGACUGUGAAAGGGUACCUGGUGAUCCAUCAUCGGCUUUUUCAGUUUUCGGGAUAUUUGACGGACACAAUGGUAAUUCAGCUGCCAUAUAUACUAAGGAACAUCUUCUGGAAAACGUGGUGAGUGCAAUUCCUCAAGGCGCAAGCAGGGAUGAGUGGCUUCAAGCUCUUCCUAGGGCUUUAGUUGCUGGCUUUGUGAAAACUGACAUUGAAUUUCAGCAGAAAGGGGAAACUUCAGGAACAACCGUGACUUUUGUUAUAAUUGAUGGUUGGACUAUUACUGUUGCUUCUGUUGGUGACUCGCGCUGCAUAUUGGACACCCAAGGUGGUGUGGUUUCUCUACUGACUGUUGAUCACAGGCUAGAAGAGAAUGUUGAAGAAAGAGAACGCAUAACUGCUAGUGGAGGUGAGGUCGGAAGACUCAAUGUAUUUGGUGGCAAUGAGGUCGGCCCACUACGAUGCUGGCCUGGUGGUUUAUGUCUUUCGAGGUCCAUUGGUGAUACGGAUGUGGGAGAAUUUAUUGUCCCUAUACCACACGUUAAGCAAGUGAAACUUCCUGAUGCUGGAGGGAGACUCAUCAUAGCUUCAGAUGGUAUAUGGGAUAUACUGUCUUCUGAUGUGGCUGCCAAAGCUUGUCGUGGUUUAUCUGCCGAUCUUGCUGCUAAACUUGUUGUUAAGGAAGCAUUGCGAACAAAAGGGUUGAAAGAUGAUACGACUUGUGUAGUCGUUGACAUAGUUCCAUCUGGUCAUCUUUCCUUGGCUCCAGCACCCAUGAAGAAACAGAACCCAUUUACCUCAUUUCUUUCAAGGAAAAACCAUAUGGAUACCAACAACAAAAAUGGCAACAAGCUUUCUGCUGUUGGAGUUGUAGAAGAAUUGUUUGAAGAAGGUUCUGCUGUGCUUGCAGAUAGAUUGGGAAAGGAUCUUCUCUCAAAUACGGAAACUGGGCUCUUAAAAUGUGCUGUAUGCCAAAUAGAUGAAUCUCCGAGUGAAGAUUUAUCAAGCAAUGGGGGUUCCAUCAUUUCCUCAGCAUCUAAACGAUGGGAAGGUCCCUUCCUAUGCACAAUAUGCAAGAAAAAGAAAGACGCCAUGGAAGGAAAAAGACCAAGCAAAGGUUCAGUGACUACUUGAAGCCACUUGCGUGCGUGAAAAAAAUCAUAAAAUCCGGUAAGAAAUUUGUAUGUUUCUCAUUUUCUUAUCUAACUUCUUCUCUUGUGCUCUGUAAGAGUAGCUUGGUUUUGUGUUCUUUUCCCAGGUAUUGAUUGGAAAGUAGUAGUAAUAGUAGAAGUUUAUGCAAAUGUUUGUAGAGAGAGAGAGAGAGAGUGUGUGACAAUAGAUCCAAUUCUUAUCCAUUGUUUAAGAUUUCCCUGGAUUGCGUUCUUGGCAUUAUGCUGACCAUUUACCUUCGUAGAUGUGUUUUUGUUUGGGAAAUUGCUGAUAUACUAACAAGAGUUUCCAAGUUGUAAGUAGAAUUCAUAUUUUGUUAUUGUCACUCAAUCCUAUUGCACUCAUUCAUUGAAGUUUGUUUCGGUUUAUAUAUAUAUGCCUUUGGUUAUGCGAAAUGAGAUUGGUUUUGGGAUUACUACUGUUCGGUUUGGUUUAUGCUUUAUGAUGCGAUCUUGAAUCUAGAAUCAAUGUGUUUGUGAUUGUAUGGUUACGUGGUUCGAUAUGUCCGGUUUACUUUGGUUCUCACUUCACCGGUUACCCAAAAAUAAAAUAAAAUUGUUGUAUGG